UUUGUUACCAUGCAUUCUAAUGCUUAUUAUGGCUGAAACAUCUCCUUUUAAUAAACUGACUACAUUUUAACAAUCGACCUAACAUAUUUUAUUAGCCCUUUAAUUUGUGAAUCUGCUACAAUGAAUUUUCAUUGCCCGCUCUCUAGUUCCUUCUUUCUGUCUCUGUUUGGCUCUCUGAACCCCAACUGUGUUGUUUUUUUUAACUGCGCAUAGUAAUUUCUCCGACAUAUCACUGCGUGUCGCUCAUUGUCUUGUUAUCUGGUUUUCGCCACUGUCGCUAACAUCUAUUCAUUCCCUCAACGCUCAAACUGUGAUAAGAUAAAAGUGGCAUUAUACUGUAAGAGUCUGUUCAAGUUGUUUUUUAAACACGACGCUCAGAGGGUCCCUUUUGCAACAAAAUGCUAUAAAACCGUUCAAAAUUUAAUAUUUUUUAUAGUGACAUUCGAGAGGCCCUUUAUGUGGCUUUACUUGCCCAUUUAGGUACCGGCCCACCAGGCAUUUGCCCGAAUGCCCAUAUAGCCAGUCCGCCCCUGAAUUAUAACUAUACAUAAUCUUAGAAAAUCAGUUUUCCGGGAAAUGGAUACCAACAAAUAUUUGGUGGUUUACAUGUGGCUGAGCAAUUGUGUGGUAUCUCAAAUAGCUCACGCCAUGAUGUUUCAAUAUAUAAAUAAUUCGUUGUUAUUCCUUUCGAUGGCCUGUAAAUACAAGUUGCUGAAACCUUUAUCGAAACAUUUACGGAUCAUUCAAAUUGGUUCAACUAAAAAGAUAUUUUUUUUUAGUUUUUAAAACGAUGUAUGGUUUUGGUGUCAGUGGUGUGAUCACAAAAAGGAAAAUAUCUAAGUGUUUGAUUUUUCUUUUUUUUAUCGAGUUAACAAGAUCGCAGACCAUAAUCUUCCCCAAAAAUUCAAAUUUUUGGUCAGCAUCAUGUGGUCAGACAUUUAUACAUAGGAACGAUCAAGUUGUACUUAAUGGAAAGAUAAACACUAUGGGCAUUUGGGAUAGCUUGGAGAACAUUCAAUAUGAAAUCAAAGAACAGAAUGAAAACUAUCGUACAGAAGUAAAUAUACCACCGUCAACAAAAAAAAAAAAGAUGUGCAUUUUGGAUGUUAAAAUAUGUGAUAUGCCUUGGCAUUCAGAAUGCAUCUGUCAGCCAACAGAUGUGGAAAACGUUUUUGAGGUAAAAAUCAAUUUUACAGCAGACGUCAGUAUCAGUGAAGCAACAAUAAGAGGGAAACUUACCUACACUAAUUACUCUGUUUACAGCGAGGAAAUAAAGAUCCCAAAGAUAUAUGAUCCAGACAACGCUGAACCAGUGCUUUACAUAACUAACAAAGUGGCCAAUGUUUCUAGCUGUUUUGUGAAAACAGAAGAAUCAAUAGCUGAGAUUGUUCUAAUAGUUAAUAAACUAGACAAUGUACCUUGUCGAUCGCAAAUUAAAGAUGUUAAAUCGAAAGGAAGCUCAUUCAGUGAAACGAAUGUCGUAACGUACUCUACAGCACUUCAAAGCAAACAGUCUUCUUUCCAAAUCUCAUAUCAAAUUUGCAAUUUGAAAAAGUUUGAAAGGAUCAUUUACUGUAACAUUGAAACGGAUAUUUCUGACAUAGUUGUUCGGCAUUCUGAAUGUACAAACGUGACGUACAUACAAGCAAGUAUUUUGAUUAUGCAGUUUCUUAUAAUCCUCUUGCUAUUGUACACUCAAAGAGUCCACAUCGUUAGAGAAUUAAACGAUCAACGCUGUUGUUUCAAAAAAAAGCUUAAAAAAAAGGAUAGCUAUAUAGACCAAGAAACGAUACCUAUGGAUAUUACUGAUAAUGAAAUGUUGCAGACUAUUGUUCUUGAGCGGCACGUACUGUGACUUGUGUUAGUGGCAAGAUAGUGAACCCUGUAGGAACGUAAAGACAUAGGCGGCUACAGUGAACGGUGUAUGUUAGCUGAAGGCAAUGGCUGUUACAGUGAACCCAGCAGGCUAGAGCUUGGAGACAUGAUAACUAAAACUGACAUCUUUUAUCACAAGUAAUAAACAUCCCCCAUCUCUUCAACUUGGUUCAUCGUUAAGUGUUUUCCCUAGAUUCGUUACUAAACUUAACUAAUGAAUUAAUUUGCUGGAACUCCCAAAUUUUCUUAAAAUCAAAUCAUUGAAUACAGUCCAAAUACCUGAUACAAACUUCACUUGUAAUUUUUGAGUGAAACUAAUUUGAACGUACAUUUUUAAUGUUCAAAUUGUAUGACACCUUUUCUCGUGGCUAAUAAAGAUAAAAAGUAUUAUUAUUAUUAAACACCACAUAAUGUUCCAAAGAUUUUUUACUCUCCUGUUUGUUCGUUAAUUUUCUAAGUUCGGACGGAAAAGGGAAUGAAAUUCGCGCCCACAUUCAUUUCAGACAAAAAAUGCUUUACUGAAUUUAAAAUGAAAUUGAUAUCAACCUAUUGCAAAUUUAAAUGAAUUUAAUUCUACUUUUUUUUUGUGCUAUAUCAUAUAUAUAUAUAUACUCAUUUCUUAAUAUUGUUGGUCUUAUAUGUACAUUUGUUUGUUUUUUUAUUACAUGGUAUUUUUUUUUAAUCAGAGUCGAAAGAAUUAUAGCACGGCAAGGCGAUUCCUUUUAUUGUUGCAACAUUAUAGGAUAAACACUACUGAAAGAAUGGCUUCACGUUAGAGACGAAUGUAGUCUGUUCUACUAUCAUGGCUGACCGCAAAAUGUCUCUGCAAACAAGACUAGCGAGAAGUGACCAGACUAUUAGGUCACACUGUAAUUGUAAAAAGCAAAAAAAGCUUACUCUUAAACUGAAAAAUCUCGAAUACCUUGUAGAGUUAUUGAUGCAAACAAAAAAGUAUUUAGAAAGACAGAAAAAAAAAAUUAAGAAUUAUGAAACGAUCCAGAAAAGUCUUAAAGACGAUAUAAUGAUAGCAAUCAAGCUUUUGUGAUAAUUGUUCUUAAAUCAUAAUUCGGUGGUCGUUUUUCUGUGCCCGGUAGUUAUUGAUUGUCAAUACUUUCACUAUAGAGCAUUUAUUCUAUGAUAAUAGUGCAUGUAAGUCUUAUUCUAACUUUACACGUGAUUUAUGUUAAUGUGAGUUCUUUCAUCACUGGAUUACUUGAUUUAGUAAAUUUAGUCAAAAGAUAUUAACUCCAAGACUACAUCAAUGAUACGCUAAUUAAGACCCGCUGGCAGCGGGUAAUAUAUACCUAGUAUAUUAUAUAAUUUAAGAGAUUACAUUGCUCUCUACAAGAAAUCGUUCAAAAUAUGUUCUCAUGGUAUGUAAUAAAAUCCAUAUACUAACAUUAAUGCGUGAACUUCUGACCUACUCAUGGAACCUAGAAAUCUCUCACGACUGUUAGGAUGUAUACUAGUUAGGAGUACACGACGUUCUUGGCUUUAAAUGCGAAAAGUAUCUUUUUUUGUCAGUUAAGUAAUCAAAUAAUAAUGUGAUUGUAUUGCAUGUGAGUCUUAUAUAUUACAGACGUUACUUCGAAAAAGAAGAUAAUUACGUCCUAAGUCCUAGGAAAGAAUGAGCAAUUGUACGGAUUUAUAAAAGAUUUAAUUGCAUGAAAACAGUAACUAAAGAAAUGGAACGUUGUACCAGUGGCAUUUUGACAUUCGACAUCAUGUCAAAAGAUAAUGUACUUAAUCUAAUAUGUAAAGCAGAAAGUAAGGUGUGUGUAUGUGACAAAUCUCAAUUCAUAUCGCAUUACGUCGUGCUUUCUUGCAGUAAAGACAUGUAUAAAAUGAUCUAGUUUAAAUCAGUUUAAUGUUGUCUAGUAUUUUGACUCCACAUGAAUAGCAAAAUUACAUGGCAGUGGCGUAAUAUUUAAUGUAAAAAAACAAUUUAGGACAUUCAUUUGGGCACAUCCCCGUCAAGUGGGGCCCGCAGGGACUUUCAAAUUAGGAACCCCUCUCCGCCCACCUUAGCUAUACCACGGCAUUGUACAGUUCUUUGAGUACUAGACUACUGCUACUGGAAAUCAAAUAAAAAGUAUGUUUUAACAAUUUCCUCAAUAAACAGUUGUGUUUGUAUAAAAAUAAAGAUGAUCAGUUUUAAGAUGGACGCAUUUCAUUUUGAAAUAUCAUAUGCUGAUCAAAGCACAAUUGUUACGCAGUAGUCUAAGAUUAGAGAAUGAGUAUUCUAUUAACCAAGACGCCUUUUUGUCACAAAGUACUCAAUGAAAUUAAAAUGUUUUGUAUACACAUAUUGUAGACUUCUUAUAUUGUACUUUUAUAGUUCAUGCUAUACUGAUGUUUUAACAAUUGAGUCAUUCAGUGUUCUUUCCAUUGUAAGGUUUUGUCCUGUUUACUGUCCUGCUUUAUACAGAUUGGUAACUUUUGAUUGAUUGUAAUUACUGUCGACUGAUUGUCUCCCAUCUUAGUAACAAAUACCACAUUUAAAAAAAAAGAAAGACCCAGUCUGCGUCGUAUCCAGACAUCAUAUUACUUUUCCUUUAAGCUUUAUCAUUGAUUCUCACAUGAGGUUAAAUUUAUUAUAUCUAGCAUCUUCUCUACAUUCAUAUAUCUCUUUACUAUAAUUGACUGAACAGCUCAGCAAUUUAAAAAGAUGACUGUAACAGUUACAUAUUGAAAUCUUAUUUUCAACGCAUUGCAGUUGCACUAAGCAAUUUGUUGUUUACACUGGCCUGUGAGCAAGUUCAUUGUGUUGAUGUUGCUACUAAGUAUUUUAAUAAAAUGUACAUUAUGCUUUGUUCACUAAUUAAAAAAAACACAAAAUAUGUAUAAGAUUGGCUUACUGUUUUGGUUUUCAAAAAACAAAACAAUAGAAAAAAACAACAACAAAGGACCAUUUCAUUUUUAGUGAAGCUACUGUAUAUUUUGUAAAUCAUAAUAUUGAUUCGAUAAUGAUUACUAAUCUAUAUUUUUUUUAUUCAUAUACAAAUCUGCUAAUAUUUAUUGUAAACUUUGGUGUCUGUUUUCAUAUUUAAUAGUCAGAAGAUUUCAGUAGUUUUAAUUUAGGCAAAGUUUACACGAUCUCUAAAUGAUGCACAAUUUGACCUAAAUUGACAGAUUUUUAACAAAUGAAAAUUUUGACAAUUAAAGUAUUACAAAUGUGCAUAUUACUUAGUUAAACAUACAUUCUUAAAUUUGUACAGUUUUUUUUUAAAUUUAUUUUUGAAAAAUAUUAUUUGUAAUAUUAUAUUUACAAUCUUCAAUAAUAAUGAUGUUUAAAUAUAAAAGAAGUAUAAUAUUGCGAUUCUUAAAUUAUACCAUCAGCAAGCAAGACAGUAUCACAAAGAUUUGCACAAUUAUUACUUUUAACGAAUUUUUAAAAAAUAUACUUAACAAAGAUAAAAUUAAACGUAGCACACACACACAAAGACACACAAACUUACAAAAAACAUUAAAAAAAAACAUGUUGAUAAAAAGAAACAUUAGAUAGGAAAAAAAAUAUAUAAAGGAAAUUAGUUUUGUUUAGUGUUACUCAUGUAAUAGAUAUAAUAUUUACGCUGUAAAUGUGGCAUAUUCUUAAUAAGUGUAAUUAAAAUUAAAUGUCUUAAAACGUCUAUGUCAUAUUCUAAAAAGCUACAUUUUUAGCGGAUAUCUUGAGAAAAUAAAAAUGUAUUGGAGUUUCGAUAGCUCAUUUUACAUACAGCAUUUUAUAUAACUUGCCCUCUAAUGAAAUAUGACAUUUGAGAAUUCAAUGAAAGUUCUUCAUCUUAUUUCAAGCAUUUUUCUCAAGCUGCAACCCUCGUAUCAUAAAACAUUUAGCUGUCUGCAAUAUCUCUGUUCUUUAUCUUUUUACUACUAAUAAGGGAAUAGAGCUAUCUAUAUAGAUACCCAACAUAUUGCUUCUUCUUCAUUCUUAUUUUACAUGUUGGAGAGUUCUGAUCAGUAAUCCUAUAUAUAAGAUGAACCGCGAAGUGGUUUCCAGAUCAGCAGUUCUCCAUAUAGUUUUUGUUCUAUCAGAAGGUUUUGGCGCUAGUGUCUUGUUCGGGCCUUUUGAUAUAGUAUGUAGCUUUGAAGGACAUGAUCAACAUUCACUGUUGAUGCUCCGAAAGGUCAGGUCACGACUUUAAGCUUCCAGAACAUAUGUUCUCUCAUUCUGCUGUUGUGUCCGGUUAUGAGUCAAAACAUUAUGCGUCGGUCAUAUAAAUAAACGAUUUUAAUAAAUAACAUUACGGCAAUUACAGUUGUAUUGAUAUUUUUUAGAAAGCUUAUAAUAACUCAUUUUCUCCGUGUGUCUAUCUGCUACAAUUUUCGUGCACGUUUUUUUUUCUUUACCAAUUCCAAAGAUUAAGCUUAAUUUUUACACAAUUAUUCACAGUAACUAACAAAACAAAUGAAAUAAAAAAUAAUAUAAAUUAAUUAAUUAGUUAAUUAAUUAAUUAAUUAGUGGUAAUUAAUUAUUUUCUUUAAUAUGGAAAAUAUGAAAUAAAUCAUAUAGUAUUGACA